CUCUCACACACACACACACACAGAGUUACAGUCGCUCACGUCACACACACUCAUCAUACCUCUCUCACAGAGGCGCCGGAGCUCAGAGCAGCGCUGGAAGAUGCAGCCGGCUGGCAGACACUGACAACCUUCAGAGCUCAGUCAAUCCGGACACACUGUGCCUUCACCUCCAGAGAGGCCGACAGGCUCCUACAGCACAGAGGAGGAGCGCUUCACAAAGGACACAACAGUGACCUCCAGCAGUUAGACCGCAACCGAUCCCACAUCCUUCAAAGAAAAGGGAACCUGACUCUUGGACAGGAAAAAGGAGCGAUCGAGCCCCACCGCUGAAACUUGACCUGCCGGACAGAGAGACAGAGGGGCACGACAGCCGACGCUGACAACCGGGUUUAGAGAGGCAAGAUGCUGGCCAAAAUCCUUGAAGACAUGUGGGUGGAGCCCGAGGUGCUGGAGGCCCUCAGCGAGGAGCAGAAGAGGAUCCUCUUCUUGAAGAUGAGAGAGGAGCAGGUACGCCGCUGGACAGAGCGGGAGCAGAGGGAGGAAAAAGAAGGAAGAGACAACGACGACAGGCCAAAGAAAGUCCACAACAAACAUGUGAAGUGGCUGCUGGGCCGGGACGGAGACGUGAGCGUCCGUGUGAUCGGCGAGGUGGACGAGUUCAGGUCCUCCAAACUGCUCCAGAGCCUCAUGAACAACAGAGUCCACAGUGAUAAUACGCAUGGCAUCCAGACGGUGGACUUGCUGUCAGGAAGAGAGGCCAAGCAGCUCGGCUUAAAGGAAGACCUGUCCCUCACAGAUGUAAGCGAUGACCCGGUCUCACCGCACGACCGGUGGUCUGAGGAGGACUGCAGCGCUGAUGAUGACCCUAAGGACCCCACCGAGGACAGCGACAGUGAAUCAGGCGGCAGCUCGGACAACCACGGCGACUGGAGUCCUCUGGACGGGCCCCAUUUUAGUAGCCAUGACAACCGACCGCCGCUCAAGGCCCAGCUGUCAGAAACAGAGAGGGCCGGACAACAGGACAUAGAGAGUUCGCACUACGGAGGCCGCGUGGCGCAGCUCAGGAAGACGUUCGCAGAGGAUCAUCACAUCACGCCUGCUUCCACCAAACCUCCUGUACCCGCCAAACCUGCUCACCUACAGAAAAGCAGCGCACCCUUGAUCCCCUCAAACUGAAGGUGUGUCCAGCUGGCGACACUGUGACACAGAGACAGAGCCGUACUGAUUGUAACAACCCUGUGCAGAAAAUAAUGGCUCAGUUAGACACUGAUGGAACAGGCCGAGGCCGGAUACAGUAAAGGAUCCUUACUUGAACCUGAGCGCUGACCUGAGAUACACUUUGUACGGCCAAGAUGCACUGACAGACCCACAGACGGAGUGAAACGUCUGAGGGGGUUGGAGUGAGAGAAAGACUUGAAAGCUUUUCCAACCGAAGUCAACCUGAAUGAGAAAAAUGAAGCAGCUUUGAUGUUGCCGAGUUCAAAUGUGCUCAUACGGUUUGUGUGAUUGACAGGCAGAGAAACCGAGAGAUGUCCAGAGACGCACACACAGACAGAGACUGUUGAUUACAGGUAGAAAAACACUCUGCUGCACUCAAUAAAUGAGUUUUAAUGUUAAGUUUCCUAUUCAGAAGUCAUAAGCAGAGCUUAUUGGCAAGGAAACAUGUGUUUGAUAAAAAGUAAUAUCUUACUGUGCUGUUCAAAAGCUUUAAACUGUUUUAAAUGUAGUCCAUGUAACUUGCCACUGUGCCGUUUAACACCACUGACCGAUUCAGUAUAUCAAUCACAAGGGUGAAGGUUAUUUUUUUAAUGGUAUAAAAUGAAAGGACUGAAUUCAUGGUAAAUAAUAAACAGACUGGUUUCAAGAACA